GAGUCCCAUAGUGCUGUGCAGCGGGUCGUCGCGCCUGCGCGGUGCGGGCGGCGGGCAGCGCAGAGUGCAAGGCUCUUUUGUUCGGCAGAGGGGAGGGCCGUUGGCCGGGGCCUGCGGUACGCCGCUUCAGUGAGGGGCUCGACCGCGGCCACCCGGCCUGUUGCUUUUCUGGGCGCCACUCCUCCGGCCUGCCCGACACGACGCGCCAGUAGCGCGGCACCGAUUCUUCUCGGCUCUUGGGCGCUGCUCUGAGCAGCGUCACCCUUUAUACCAGAAAGCUGGCGGGCACUAUGGGGAAAAAACAAAACAAGAAGAAAGUGGAGGAGGUCCUAGAAGAGGAAGAAGAGGAAUAUGUGGUGGAAAAAGUUCUCGACCGUCGGGUGGUAAAGGGCAAAGUAGAGUACCUCCUAAAGUGGAAGGGUUUCUCAGAUGAGGACAACACAUGGGAGCCAGAAGAGAAUCUGGAUUGCCCCGACCUCAUCGCCGAGUUUCUGCAGUCACAGAAAACAGCACAUGAGACAGAUAAAUCAGAGGGAGGCAAGCGCAAAGCUGAUUCUGAUUCUGAAGAUAAGGGAGAGGAAAGUAAACCAAAGAAGAAGAAAGAAGAGUCAGAAAAGCCACGAGGUUUUGCCCGGGGUUUGGAGCCAGAGCGGAUUAUUGGAGCUACAGACUCCAGUGGAGAACUCAUGUUCCUGAUGAAAUGGAAAAACUCUGACGAGGCUGACCUGGUUCCUGCCAAGGAAGCCAAUGUCAAGUGCCCCCAGGUUGUCAUAUCCUUCUAUGAGGAAAGGCUGACGUGGCAUUCCUACCCCUCAGAGGAUGAUGACAAAAAAGAUGACAAGAAUUAACUCUCCUGAGUACCAGCUCAUGUCACAUCUGACUGUGCGUUUCAAGUGGGGAGGGGAAGGAGUUCUACUUGUCUUGACACCAUAGAGGUGGCUUGAGAAGAUGUCCUUUGAAGAGCCAGUAUAGUUUCUGUGCCCUACAGCAGUCCAAGUGCUUUAAAGCCGUUCCAUGCUGUAUAGUUUGCACACCCAUCCCAGUGGAGGGGAGGAGAAGUGUUCCAAGGCAACUCAUUCUGCACUUUGCUGAGAAAAGCAAAGGGCCUUCUAUGAAGGACAAAACUUGCAGAAUGGGUGUGUGGGAGAGCAAAAAGAUACUGUAGAUCUUCAAAGAGCAUCUCCACAACCCACAGCCUUCUUCCCAAUAGUGUUAACUCUGCAUUUUUACAGCGUAGCAUGUGUGUAGAUUUUGGCUAUUACUGACUGGUGUAUUAUUUGGGGGUGGGAGGGAUGGGGUGGGAAGCAAGGGAGACGGGUAGGAUUGUUUUUGUUGAAAUUUGGGGCCUAAUUGGGAAAAUGGUGCAACAUUGGAAAGAACAAACAAUUAAUGAUGACUUCAGUUCUGUGUCCAGAAUAUUUUAUCUUUUCAAAAAAAAAAAAAAGUCAUUGGCAAUCUAAAUAAGGACUGUGAGAGACUGUUUAAAAGCUGUGACUGCCUGAAACUUAAAAGCCAAGGUGUUCCCUGCCUGAGCUUAAUGCUGUUCCCAACAAAGGACUAAACCAGUUCAUAAAAUUACCAAAGCUGCCAUUUUGGAGAUGGAAACUGGUUGAGGAGGUAAAGUCUUUUAUUGGAGCAUAUACAAAGGCAGAUCAUUCUGUCUUAGAGGUGCUAAUUCUUGAAAUUGACAAAAGACCCUUUCUUUUCUAAUUAUGAAGUUAUUAGCUUGUCUAUCCAAGCCACUGUCUAAGGGAAGAAGGGGGCAUAGGAGGUGUGAUAGUAUGGAGAAGGGCCCAUGCUCUUAGGGUGGAAAACUCUUGGAGCCUCUCUGUUUUUUGAACUAUGAACUCUGAAACCACUGGUGGCAGGGUUCAGUCACUAACAGCACAAGUUCAUUGAAUCACUUCAAGAGUUAGAUUAUUUCAAAAGCCCUGGUCUCAGGAGAAGAUUAAACUUUCAUACUGGGGCAGUGGUUCACUUUAAAACACAAAACAAAAUGAAAAUUCUUUUUUAAUCCUAAGAAUUAACUAAUACCCAACAUGCUGUCUUGAAUCAUGAGAUACAUCAGUUCUUGACGUUAUCUAGACCUGCAUCUAGAACUCCAUUGUAAAAAAAUUUUUUAGGCAUGUGUUAGGUUUCUGUGAAAACUGUUUAAAUGUAAACUUCAUACCACACUGUCAGUUUUUGUCUUAAUAAAACUAUAUAGAUUUAUAA